AUGGACGACGACUCUGACUCUAGCUCUGUAAUUGAUGAUUACGAAUUCGAGGAACUCUUCCCGGAAGAUGAAGAUGACGCCGACAAGAUCCGGAAAGGCAGCCAUCCGCUAGGCCUCAGCAGGAGCUACAUUCCGAAGUGGAAUUGCGCAGACAGCUUGCGGGAGAUCAUACAGAACUGGAAGGAUGGUAUCGUUGAGUCCUAUGGCUUGGAUCCCCGCUCGUUCGUAACGCAUUUGCACGAAACGAAAAACGAAAUCCAGAUCACCGUUCAUCGCCCAACCCCCAAUGCGCCCAGUCCUGAGACUUCCAGAACUCGCCGCCAGAUACGCCCAGAAGGUGAAUUGCUAGGCUUCAUUCGAUUCAAGAGAAAACAAGGAAGCAUUGAACUGGCCAACUUCAACGCCGCUCUCACGAUGCAGAAUCUGAGCCUUGGCGGCACGACAAAGCACGGUGAUGACAAGUUCGUAGGAACUCAUGGAGAAGGCUUCAAGCUUGCCGCUCUGGUAAUGCUACGCAACAACCGACGCUUUCAGAUCAAAUCAAGUUCUGCGUCAUGGAAUUUCUCCUUCAAAGGUGUCUAUCAAGACCGAUUUACAUGCAGUAUUGGACCCGCGACCGACAGAAAGGUCGAGAAUGACAAGGCCGCCUUGGAAAGAGAAACGACGAACAAGCCCAGGGCUUCUCUCAAGGCCUACAUUCAUCAAGAUGUCGUUGUGAAGAUUUACAACAGGCCUAGUGACAUCUGCGACAGAAUCACCGAGGACCAGUUCAACGACUGGAUAGCUGUGUCUCUCGACAUCAAGGGCCCUCCUCCGGACGCCAUGAUUCGAACUGAAUACGGAGAUCUCCUUCUGGAUGAGCGUUUUGCUGGCCGCAUCUACCUGAAAAGUCUACGAGUCAAACACAACGGAGCCGGAGGCAAGAGAUACCACUACGGCUAUAACUUUGCCGAGGGAGAAAUCAGCCGCGAUCGAGAACAGUUAACUAACAGCAAGGAAAAGGCCUUGAUGUUAGCUGAUAUUUGGGGAGCCGCCAUGCAGCACGAAGAACACGGGGGCGAUCUCGUGCCCAAGUACAUUGCGUUGUUCGGCAAUUCGGAUUAUGGAGAUGUUUUUGGGGUUGAGGACGCAAUUUCAGAACACACUGCUAGGCUCAUCUGGAGGCGGUUGAGAACGGAUGCGCCGGGCGAGUUUUUCUACUCGGAAGAUCCUGAGACAACUACUGAGUAUGCACCUCAGGCCGAUAUCAUCACAAACGACAUCAAGAAACAACCAAGGAAACUCCCGAACAGACUUUGGAAGGUUCUCAGAAGGUUUUCGCUGGCUCGCACGCCAGAAGAACAGCGGCUUCAUCUUUUUGAAUCUUCCAGCCCUAUUCCACCUAUCUCGAGUCCUUUUGCUGCUGGUGUUGAGAGGAUGUUGAGAACAGUCUUGUCGAUGGACCCAAGGCUGCGUAGCGUGACACCGGUCUUCGUCAACGGCGGAAACAUCGGCAUAAACCUUCACUACAAGAAAGAGCAGAAAGCUCUACUCAUUCACCGGAAAUGGCUUGAUUUUGGCAAAGCUCACGAGAACAGUGCAUGUGAGUUUUCCAAACUUACCACAUUGGAAGGGGGCCAAGAAGCCAGCGCCUUCGCUUGCGAUCAUGUCGUCGAAGACCUCUUCGAGCUGGCCGUCAACGAUCUUAGGGGCCAUCUCCAAAUCAGCCCAAUGGAAGCGAUCGACCUCCGACGUGAAGCAAGAGAACGCCUUCAUCAGACUCCAAGAGAUGUUCAAAUAGCGAAUUACUCUGGAGGUAACGCUCUCCAAGUAACGUGGAUCGGGACUUCAUCAGGUGUUGCAUCCAAAUACUACGAGGAUCGAAUUUUCUGCAUCGUCGCUCUCCACGCAAUGAGCUCAUGUGAGAAUCGGAGAGAAGAGCUCGUCAAAUCCACGAAUGUUGCUGCUUCAGAGGCAUCUUGCCGGUGUGAACACCGAAAGGUCGGCCUUUCUGAAAGUUCUGCAACUUUCCACGAUCUCGACCCCGCAGAAACAUACUUCGCGUUGCUUUGGCACCACGACCUCCGACCAUCAGACCAACCAACAGCUGGCAUCUCUUCAACCCCACAAGAAGGGCCUGCUUCCUCACCCCUGCCUUACGUGGACCCAGCCAACGACGACAAUGGCAACGACGUCGAUGACAGUGACAUCAUGGAUAUGGACGACCAGUCGCUACCCAUGUUGAAAAGUGAAAGUCCGGUGGGUGGUGGUGAGGAUGUUACCAGACAGCUCAUGGAUGCGUGGAACAAGGACGAACAGGAAUGGAACAGCUAUCAGGAGACGGAACUGACCACAACAUUGACCCGAGGUUUGAUAAUGCGCACCAGAUGCUCAUGCGAUGCAAUGUACCCGGAAACCUCAUUUGAUGAUACACACUACGACGACGAGCGUUUGGACUUCACUUUCGAGAAGAACCAGUGGAUUGUGAUGCGGGACCGUACCAUGGCUUUUCAUGAAUACGUUGCGUGGGUGCAUGAGGUUCACGCUGAGAGUGAAAAUUGUAUCAACAAGCCGCACUUGACCAUCACUAAGUACUCGUCGUGCCGGUCAGAUACACUCCUUUGGGAGGCCGAGACAUCCGGAAUGACCGAAACUUCGGACAUCGACGUAGAGUCAGAAGAGAUGCUACUGCACUUUUCGUCCCUGCAUCAUAUGGGGCAACUGGCUGAUGCCGAGGUGAUUGAGAUUGACGAUAUCACGGUGGUCCGGCCUGCUUCGGCAGAGUUUUGCAUCAAUUAUGCCAAGUUUUCAGGCAAGAAUUCAUCGAACUUAUGA